CUCUUCUGAGGAAGUAUUUGUAUAAAUGUAUUAUUAAAAAUCUCUUUUGAACUUGUCGUGGCCCGUGGUAUACACUUGUAGAUAUCUCGUGAUCUUUGUAGUCUUUUAAUUUGAAAUGUUGUGCUCAAAAGUGGUUUUUUUCGCAUUUAUAAUUCAUUAUGGAUUCAUUAUCAAAGUGCAUUGUAAUUCGUGUAAAGAGGAAUAUGAACUUAGUAUCACAUGUAAUUCCUUUGAGGAUCUCUUCAACUAUCCAGAACCUGAGAAACAAGAAUCCGUCACAGUGACAGGCGAAAAUUCGGAAGGUGCCAGCAAAAAUAAUAUGGACGUAUUCAUAUGCGAUGAGCCAAUGUUUGAGAAAUUCUCAUCUGUAACAACUCUCACAUUGAAUAAUGCUCGAGUACUUCAUAUCAGCAGUGAUUGUUUUACAGGCAUGAACGCCCUAAGGGCAAUUUAUAUUGAACGAAAUGAGCUCACGGCAAUUGAAAUGGAUACAUUCCGGACAGCAAAUGGAAAUGAGCUACGUGCAAUUUUUCUCAAUAACAACCACAUUAUUAAGAUCGAUUUUUCAGACAUUAAUUUGCCCGAACUAACACAAUUUGAGGCUUACAGCAAUCGUGUGAAAUAUGUUCGAUUGAAAUCUGAAAAUUUACCUAAAGUGUCCAAUAUGUACUUAGGAUCGAAUCACAUAUCGAAAUUCAAAAUUGAAAGUCAUUCAAUGGGAAAAUUGGAUUUAUCCGAAAAUAGGAUUAAAACAUUCCAAGGUUCAGAUCUUGUCCUACCUAAUUUGUAUUUAAUCUACCUGAACGACAAUCUUUUGUCCACCAUAACACCGGAUAUGAUUGAAAAUAUGCCGAAUUUGCAAAGUUUAUACCUUGCACAUAAUCUUCUACAUUCUGUAUCCUUUCCCAGUUUGAAAAAGGCCAAUUAUGUGGAUUUGAGGUAUAAUCGCAUUAAAACAAUGGAUAAUGUUAAUCUAACGACAUUUGGGCAGGAUUAUGGUCUUCUGUUUGACUCAAACAAGGUCUUCCAAAUGGAAAGUCAACCACCUUUUGAGAAUCUCAAAACAUUCACCUGUGACUCAUGCUAUAUUCACAUUAUUGAACCCCUAUUCUUUGCUGACACAUUCAAAAAACUUACAAACUUAGCAUUAACAUCAAAUUACCUAACUACUGCAAACAUUUUCAAGGCUUAUGAAGAUGAUCUUAUAUUGGACAAUAUUGCAUUAUCCUACAAUAAAAUAAAGAAAAUUGGAAAGAAAGAUUUCUCACGACUUUCCGAACUGAAAUCCUUGCAAUUGGACAAUAAUGAUAUUGCUGUAAUUGCAGAAGGUGCUUUUGAUAAACUGAUAAAGCUCGAAUCACUUUUACUAUCAAACAACAUAAUAUUUCAAUUGCAACCGAAUCUUUUUGAUAAAACUCAUGCUUUGCAAGUUCUCAGCAUUAGUGGCAACAAUAUGGCCUUCUUUCCAAUUCCUGGAUGGGAAGAAUCAACUGGAGAAAUUCUUAUUACUAACAAUACCCUGAACAACUUAAACACCCUAAAUAUCCAGAAAAACCCUCUACAAUGUAAAUGCGUAGAAUUGAUUUAUUAUUGGGCCAAGAAGAAUAACGUAUACUUGAGAAUUGAUGAUGACAGCGUGAGAAAUGGCAUUAAACCUGCGUGCAUAGUUAAUGAUCAAGGAUGUAAGACAGACGUUGGAAAGGACUACAUUAAGGACUACUGGCACUUAUUUAACGAUAUGAAAAUUAAAAAUAUUCUUGGAGAAGAUGAUGAGGAAUAAAGUACUCACUUCUGAAAU